AUGGAAGCUGCGAAUGGCAUGAGACCCAUUUUCGGUGGAUAUCCAUUUCAAGGGCAGGGACGUAUGAAUCAACUGGGUGGCGUGUUCAUUAACGGCCGACCUCUUCCGAACCACAUUCGACUAAAAAUUGUCGAAAUGGCCGCGGCUGGAGUGCGUCCUUGCAUUAUCUCUAGGCGGCUUCGCGUUUCUCACGGGUGCGUUUCGAAAAUUCUGAAUCGUUAUCAAGAGACCGGCUCCAUCAGACCUGGCGUCAUCGGUGGCAGCAAACCGAGGGUAGCCACGCCGGAAAUCGAAGCAAGAAUCGAAGAAAUGAAGAAGGAGAAUCCUGGGAUCUUCUCUUGGGAGAUCAGAGAAAAACUCGUCAAGGAAGGCUUCUCGGAUACUCCGAGCGUUAGUUCUAUCAGCAGAUUGCUUCGCGGUGGACGGCCUGGCGAAGACGGAAAGAAGGAUUACACCAUAGACGGGAUUCUUGGUGGCGGUCGGUGCGGUGACGAGUCCGACACGGAAAGCGAACCUGGCAUUCCUUUGAAGCGAAAGCAACGCAGGAGCCGAACCACCUUCACCGGGGAUCAGCUCGAGCAACUAGAGAUCGCGUUCCAACGCGCUCAAUAUCCAGACGUUUAUGCCAGGGAAGAACUCGCCCAAAGGACCGGUCUAACGGAAGCUCGAAUUCAAGUAUGGUUCAGCAACCGUAGGGCACGGCUGCGAAAACACGCUGGCACCGUUGUUCAUUCGGUGACAAGUUUGCCGUUGACUCCGUGCCAGUACGCAGCGAGCCACGAGCUCGCGCAGAUAUCACAGGUACCCCAAAUGUCGGUCGGGGUACCGCAAGUGCCGAGCGUGUUGCAACACAGUCCAACGAUACUCCAGCAGCCUAACACCGGUGGUACUUACCAGAUUCCAGGAUCCACCGCACAGACAUCCACCAGCACCUCCGUCGCGCAAGUAUCCGCUACGAUUAGUAGCGCUCUUCAAGGACACGCGAUGUCAAUUUCCGGGCAUCUCGGUACUUUUCAAGGGCACGCGAUGCAAAUCGGACAGGUACCGACCAUUCAAUCGCCCGCAACCCAUGGACCGGCCACCGCCGCGACCCUUUCUCACAAUCCAGGAAACACCGAUUGGUGCAGAGCGCAGCUCACCUGGGGACAGCUCAGUCACCUGCAAGGUGAAUACGCGUCCAGUCAUCACCAUUCUUCGCACGCCGGUCACGCGGCCGCUGGUACACCAUCCUCCAGUAGCGUGAAUUCUCCAUCGAUAGCCGAGUGGUACGACCAGGGAUACGAUUAUUCCCAACACGCUCAGCUCAACUAUCAUCGAACCGCAAGUGGAAUAUAUUAA